AAUUCAGAAAUUAUUGUAAGUUGUGUCAGUGGAAUGAAUCGUCGGAGCUCGCUUGCUUGGGAGUGGGGAUGGUAUUAAAUGAGCCCCAAUCGCCCACCACCGCCUCUUUGCGGAGCACGCAGGAGGUCUCCGCCCGCUCCUUUCCGUUAUCCGACCCGCAUCGGUAGGCGAGGCGAAGAGAGAGAGAGAGAGAGACGCGUCAUUCCCUCAUCUUAUUCUCCCGAUCCGUUUCCAGAUCCCGACCCCUUUCUUCUUCUCCUUCAGUUGUCGUCAUUCUUCUUGAAUUUUUUUGUCUUUUUGUUUCUUUUCUUGGAGCAUCGCAGAUCGAGAGAUACAAAAGGAAGGCGUGGAGGUCGGAAAGCUGCAUCUAAGUAGAGAUGGCGAGGGUCGAUCUGGACGGGAACCCCAUCGAGCCGAUGAAGAUCUGCAUUAUCGGGGCUGGGGGCUUCAUCGGGUCCCACCUCUGCGAUAAGCUGAUGGCAGAGACUCCCCAUACGGUGCUGGCGGUGGACGUAUACAGCGACAAGAUCAAGCACCUCCUUGAGCCACCACCGGGGCAAGGCGGCGCGCACCCCUGGGCCGGCCGGAUCCAGUUCCACCGUCUCAACAUCAAGCACGACUCCAGGCUCGAAGGCCUCAUCAAGAUGUCCGAACUGACGAUCAACUUGGCGGCAAUCUGCACUCCGGCAGAUUAUAAUACUCGUCCUCUGGACACCAUAUAUAGUAAUUUCGUUGAUGCCUUUCCGGUGGUUAAGUACUGCUCAGAGAACAGUAAGCGCCUCAUUCACUUCUCCACGUGUGAAGUAUAUGGAAAAACGAUUGGAAGCUUCCUCCCAAAGGAUCAUCCUUUACGGCAGGUGCUGUUACGACCUGUAUACCAUUUCUUCUACAUCCUACAAAUUCAAAAAGCGGGAACCAGAUUUUGUGUACUUAAAGAAGAUGCUUCACCAUGCAUCUUCGGCCCAAUUGAGAAGCAGAGAUGGUCCUAUGCUUGUGCAAAGCAACUAAUUGAAAGGCUAAUGUAUGCUGAGGGUGCAGAAAAUGGCCUCGAUUUUACUAUUGUGAGACCUUUUAAUUGGAUUGGACCAAGGAUGGAUUUUAUUCCUGGUAUUGAUGGUCCUUGUGAAGGCAUUCCUAGGGUGUUGGCAUGUUUCAGUAAUAAUCUUUUACGCCGUGAACCUUUAAAGCUUGUUGAUGGUGGCCAAUCCCAAAGAACUUUCGUGUACAUCAAGGAUGCCAUUGAAGCUGUUCUAUUGAUGAUUGAAAAUCCUGCUCGAGCCAAUGGCCAGAUCUUUAAUGUUGGAAAUCCCAACAAUGAAGUUACAGUAAAGCAACUUGCUGAAAUGAUGACAGAGGUGUAUUCAAAGGUAUCAGGAGAACCGCUGUUGAAGGUGCAUACCAUUGAUGUGAGCUCCAAGGAGUUCUAUGGUGAAGGAUAUGAUGACAGUGAUAAACGGAUUCUGGACAUGACCAUAAUCAAUAAACAACUUGGAUGGAGUCCAAAGACAUUGCUGUGGGACCUGCUGGAAUCAACUUUGACAUACCAGCACAGGACAUAUGCACAAGCCAUUAGACGAACAAUGGUAAAACCUAUUGCAUCAAGUUAGAUCAUGCAGAGUUUGGAUUGGAUGUUGAAAAGCUGACUCCCACAAGGCAUCAUUGCAGAUCUCUUUCAAUUGUCUUCAAAGGUUAGAAAUACAUCAGCAAUUUGCGCAUUAUUAUUAUUAUUUUUUAAUUAGUAGAUGAUGUCAAGGGCUUGCUACCCUGAAAUUUAUUCAGUGUUGAUAAAAAUAGUUAUCUGCUAUCGCAGGAUGUUAGGGAUGGUUUAUGUAGUGAACGACAUCAGUGCUAUACCCCGUGUGUUGUUAGUUAAGAAUGUUUCUGCUGGCCCUUUUCUCUUCAUAAGCUUUCUUUUCUUGAUUAUUUGUUAUUUUACUAGAAAAGCUUGUAGAUACCUUUUGGACUCCAAUUAAAAACUUGGUAUACGGUCUGGCUUUGAAGCUUUCAGAAUUGGAAUCCAGUGCUGGUGAGUGUACAAAAUGAUAAGCCACACUACUGAGCAGCCAUAUAGAGCAAACUGGGAAGUAAUUAGGUUCUCUUUUCAUUUGUUUCAUGGAAAUCUAGAGUUACCAUUGGAGGGUGACCGGUAUUCGCUAGUCUUACUGAUGCUGCAGCAGUUUCGUUGGUCGUUCCUUAUCUUAAGGCUUGUUUCUUCUAUUUUAAUCAAAUUAUUCUAUGGAUUCUAUUUCAUUUUCAAUCUAGCAUUUUCAUUUGUUGUGGUGAUUUCGUCUCUUUUUAAAGCGAAAACUUGAAUGAUGUGGGACCGAUAACGUUUGUUUGUAGUUAUAGAACUGUUUCUGAUUCUCUAAAUUAAUGCUACAAAAUCACACGUGUGGGAAGGUAUUGGAGCUUUGUAAGUAGCAGGCAACAUCUGCAGCGCUCUGAAAUGUCAUAUCGGGAUUCUUUUUUUUCAAUCUUUUUGGUAGCAGCAAGAAACCAUUUACGGCCUCAAAAAGGAGAUCUGGGCCAAUGGGAUCGGAAAAGCUUCAUUUCAAGUGACGUGCUGAUUUGGAGACACGGCCAAACUGGCCAGAAUCAACCGCUUGAUUGCCAUAAAGAAACACGUCUGCUCGAGACAUUUGGAAUGGGCGGAAGAGAGGCUCGAAGACUACUGGAAGGGAGGGUGCCAGGAGCCAUCCAAAUCAAUCAGCCAGGAGAUAACAGUCACUGAAUCUCAUGGUGCGAUCCUUCCAAGUCCUCAACGGAUGCUGUAAGCAUCGCUUUGGUCAUUCCAGGAGCCACUCUCCAUCAUCUUAUUUUGUUGUAAACAAAUUUAAUGUUCUCUGAUUGGUCAGGCCGAUUUCCAGCGGCAACAACAGAGAUAUAUCCUCAAAUAUCUUUCUAACAGAAGGUUGGCCUGAUUCCAACUCUGGUUAAGAGUGUGUUUGAGAAGGUCUCGAUGGUUCUAGUGGAAUUACCCGGAAAGGAGCAUGGGAGGGCACGCGAGUUUGAU